AAAAACUUGAUAAAAUGAUAACUGAACCUCGUGUUUGACUUAAACGAACUAAAUUUUUUUUACACCAAACUUAAAAUGUAAAUUAUUGAAAAACUUUCUGAAUCAAUUGAAUUUUAGAAAACUUCUGUCAUCACAAGUUAUUGGAAUAAAUUUUAAAAAAUGUCUUUUGUUAGUAAAAUUGACAUUGACAAAUUAUCAGAAAAUGAUGAUGUUUCUAAAUUGUUUGGAGAGAUGAGUUUUAAUAAUCAUGGCCGGAAAUUAAUUAGUGAUCUUAAUACAUAUGACUAUGAUUUUUCUGAUAGUGAUAGUAAUUCUGAAGAAAUUUUGUUAGAUUAUGGAUGUUACAGUAAAAAAGGAACUAAUGAAAUUAAAUCUCAGACUAUAACAGCUACUCCUAAUAAACAAAAUAAAAAUUUAAAAGUCAGUGAUUAUCAACCAUCUGAGAAUUUAUUUAAAAAAUAUUUAGGCAAAGUAAACACUGAUCCUUAUGAAGGUCCAAUGUUAACACAAGAAGCCUCAAAUAAACUUAUGGAAAGUUAUAAAAAGUCAGAUGCUAGCAGAUAUAGAAAUAAAGAUAAGUGUGAUCGAGCAACUGCUGAACAGGUUAUGGAUCCUAGAACUCGUAUGAUAUUGUUUAAAUUACUUAAUCGAAGUAUGAUUGGACAAAUUGAUGGCUGUAUAUCUACUGGCAAAGAAGCCAAUGUUUAUCAUGCCACAUCAACUGAUGGUGGAAAACAUUAUGCCAUAAAAGUAUUCAAAACGUCAAUAUUAGUAUUCAAAGAUCGAGAUCGUUAUGUAACUGGGGAAUUCAGAUUUCGCCAUGGUUAUUGUAGACACAAUCCGAGAAAAAUGGUACGUUUAUGGGCUGAAAAAGAAAUGCGAAAUUUAGUCAGAAUGCACUCGGCUGGUCUACCAGUACCACAGCCAAUAUUAUUAAGAUCUCAUGUAUUAAUGAUGUCCUUUAUUGGUAAAGGUGGUUGGCCAGCACCAAAAUUAAAAGAUGCUCGACUGACAACAUCUAAAGCAUGUCAACUUUAUAGAGAUUGUCUGAUAAUUAUGUGGAAGUUGUAUAAUAUUUGUAAAUUAGUGCAUGCUGAUCUCAGUGAAUUCAAUCUUCUGUAUGAUAAUGGAGAAGUUGUAAUGAUAGAUGUAUCACAAGCUGUUGAACAUGAACAUCCAUAUGCCUUAGAAUUUUUACGUAAAGACUGUACAAACAUAACAGAAUUUUUUCGUCAUCAUGAUGUCGCCACACUUACUAUUAAAUCACUUUUUGAUUUUCUCACUGAUCCAACUAUAACACCAGACAAUAUGGAAGCUUGUCUUGAUUUAAUUCAGGCUCAAAUGACAAAUUCUAAUAAUUUAACAAAUGAAGAACAAGUAGAAGAAGAAGUAUUUAAAAAUGCUUACAUCCCUAAAAAUCUCAACGAAGUUGUUGAUUUUGAGAGAGAUAUAAACUUAAUUAAGUCUGGACAAACCACUGAAGAAUUAAUUUAUCAAAAAAUUGUUGGACUUAAAGACGACUUAUCAGGUCCUCAAAAUAUUCCAGCAAUAUUAGACAAUGUUAUUUCAAGCGCUUCUUCUAAUAUAUCAGAUUUUGACAAUGAAAGUUCUGAAGAAACAAGCAACUUUGUCAACUCUGCAAGACCAAAAGAUGAAGAUUUAGAGAGUAAAAAGCUACGGAAAAAGCAAAUUAAAGAACAAAAAGCUGAAAAAAGAAAAGUAAAAAUAAAGAAGCAUAUUAAAAAAAGAAAAGAAAAAACUACACAAUGCCGAAAAAAAUAAACUAUUGUUAAUAGCUGACUAUUAUUUUAAUAAAUAAAAUAUUUAUUGUUAAU